GAGUCGCACCCACAGCUCUCAGAGGAAACAACACUGUUGUACAGACCAACUCCUGACAGCUAACAAAUUACACUCCAACGAAGUGAGUUCUCCUUCCAUGAAACAACUCACUUUUAGUCUGUGAAGAUAUGUCUCAUUCCAGGUGCAGAGCAGGAAACAGUUCAGUGUUCAUUCUUCAUUCAGGAGCUUCCUCUUUCCCUGGACGCCACAUGCAGGACUUUCCUGCUUCUACCCUUCAAUGAACAAAGCGGAUUCACAGUUACAGUAAUAAUCCUCUAAGAUGGCAGUCACUUCACUUUAUGCGACUGAGGAGCCUGGCUUUGUUGAAGUGGACAUAUGCACACUUGAGAUUAAUAUUAAGUAUGAAGUCAUCCCAUCUAUUGUCUGCUCUGUGUGCCUUUCAUUUGGACUCAUCUACUGCUUUUUUGGAUACCGCUGCUUUAAGAUGGUCAUGUUCUUUUCUGGCUUCAUGUUUGGAUCAGCGGCUGUUCUUCUUUUGUACAACAAGGAGCCUGUGUUGGACUCUCAGCUGAGUGUGGAGACCAAGGCAGGCAUCGGCCUGGGCGUGGGUGUGCUCUGUGGACUAAUGACCAUGCUGGUGUCCACUAUGGGACUCAUCUUUUCUGGUUUACAGCUGGGUUGCCUGUUCUGCGUCUCCAUCCUUGUUAUUAUGGGACAGUUUCACAGCCUUACUCCAGUGUGGGCCCCACUCGGUGCUGUUCUGGCUGCCAGCGUCCUCACUGCUGUUUUCACCCUUCAGUGGCAGAAACUGUUCACCAUCAUCUACACAUCUGUGUUCGGAGCAACCACUGUGAUGCUGUGUGUGGAUUACAUGAUAGGCACAUUUGCUCUGCUGGAUCAGGUGUACGAUAUGCUUUGUCAGGCUGACCUUCGCCCUCUGUGCUGGUUUAACUGGGCGACCACAGGGAUCUGCCCUGUUCUGAGUUUGAUAGGUGUGAUAGUGCAGUGGAAGUUCACCGCCAGUGGAGUAUCACACACAGAUGCUGGACACAAAAAGCACAAGAAACACAGCAAAAAGCACAAUUACAGAGAGCCAAGGGGAAGACCUCAUACUUAUCGCCAACGCAGGCCUCCGAUCCUGAAACGCUACGCAGGAGACGUCUUAGCACCGAGUUAUCUCCAGAGCCUUCAGGAGCGCCAGAUGGGAACAGGCUCGUCCACCAGCAGCAUCAGCACUAUCACACACACUUUAAUUGACUAUGACUUUGAGACGGGCUCCAUGGUGCCUCUGACUGCUGCCUCGCCUGUGUUUACAGUCUGAAGGAAUCAAUGAGAACUGUGUAUCUGAUAAUUAAACAUCCCCUUAAUUGUUCAAAAUGGCACAAUAGCAUAGCAACCUUUUAUUACGCAAAUACUACUACAAUGAUCUUGGAGUGACUCCAUGUUAUUGGAUUCAUACAUAGAUCUCAAACACGUGUAGAUGUGACAGCGUAACAGGAAAUUCACAAUAUCAUAUGCAAUACAAAUUCAGGAUAUACUUAAGAAAAAAGGUGACUAUAUUAUAUACGACUAAUUUUACAACAACAGAACAGCUUAAUAUUACAGUGUGUUUGCAUUUUUUGUGUGUUAAAGGUACAACAAUAUUUAUAGGCCCUUGCACUCAUGUGGAUUUUACUUCCUCUGGCUGGCAAUGGACCUUUACUCUGGUUAAAUUUGUUUGGGGCCACUGUGGGAAUUAGCUGAAGUAGCCAGAGUGCUGGUGUUAUUAUGAAUUAUUAAGGAGUGCAGGAGAGUAUAAGAAACGUCAGUCAAAUACUGACAAGCUGUGAGGAGGUCAGAUAAAAUGCAGGAACACCUGAGUGGGUAAAAUAUGGGUUUUUGUUAGUGCUUCAUUAGUCCACACAGACUGAUGUCAAACUUUAUGUGCACUUAUGAUUAUUAUUCCAGGAAUGUAACAUAGAUGCCUUACCUGUGAACCAUAACAUCAAAUCCUACUGAAUCUCACAAAAAUAAGGUCUUUUUGCCUGAUACAGUUGGAUAUUUUUGCAAUGACUGUCCCACCGCCGCAAAACUGAAACAUUAUAAUCCUGUAUUCUCUCACUCUGUCGUUAAAUUGAAUUCAUUGUGCAAAAUAUUUCCCUGCAGAAUAGAUUUGUACAAGGUGUAAUCAUUUUUAAACUGUUUGAAAUAAAUAAGCUUCUAUCACUCUU